AUGUGGAAUGUUUUUUUAAUAAUAAAAAAUUAUGCUAAGUAUUUUAACUUCAUACUAAUAAAAUUAACAAUAUAUCCUAUAAUUAUUCUACAAGUUAAUAAAAUAAAAUAA